CGUUGUGAAUUCAGAAGUAUUGCUUUAAAUACUUCCCUGUAUUUAAAAAUCCUAAAUGAGAAAUUAACACAAGUACGGCGCAUUUUCCCCCUUUUAAAAAUCCUUUCGUAGGUUUAGGUUUACGGUUACAUAAACUUUUAUUGUGGACGAUUAAUUGUAUGAAUAGCAAUGUUCUCUCAUAUUUUCUUCAAAGUCCCUGGUCUUAUCUACUUAUAGUAUUUAUAUAUUGUUAGUAAAUGACAGCAUGGGAGAAAAUGGUUAAAACAUUAAAUCAAUCCAAAUCAGCUGAUACCAUCGUCUGCUCUAAUGUGUCGGUUAUGACAGUCGGACUUACCUUUAGUUCUCUGCAAUACAAAGUCGCCCUCUUUUUCCCUUAAUUCUGUAUUUUCGUCUGUAGAUGCACAUGUUCUAGCCGCCAUUCUAACACUAAAACUAACAUGGAGAGCAGAAAUGGGAAAAUGAUAUUGGGCUGUGUAUGGUUUACCAGACAGACUUGCUAGUAGACUGGCCACACUGACACGGCACUGCGCCUGCCUGUACUGGCCAGGACCUCUCUUCAUGGCUGAAGGCACCUGACUGACCUCUGGUACCCAUGACAAGAUUCAGUUCUGAGUUAUCACGCAUUGACAUUGAAGAAAGCUAUUGUGGAGGAAGUGGAAAAUCACCGUCUGAUUGAGUGUCAAGAGGCUUUUAGUUUACGCUCAGAUAAUGUGGAUCAUUUGAAUUAUCAUCAUGAGGAAAGUUCUAUCCCACCUACCAAUAGUAACACCAAUUAAUGUUGACCAACUUCAUACUCG